AUGUUCCAACUCAAGACUAUCCUCCUCUCUCUCCCCCUCCUCCUCACAACCACGCUCGCCGCCCCCUCCACUUCCCUCGACACCCGCUCCGACUCCAAAUGCGUCUACUACUGCGGCAGCCACUGCUACUGGGCCAGCGACAUCAGCAAAGCGCAAGCAAAGGGAUACUCGCUACACGAAGAAGGGCGCACGAUCGACGACUACCCGCACGUCUACCACGACUACGAAGGAUUCGACUUCACCGUCUCGGGUACAUACUACGAGUACCCGAUUCUGGAUGAUUACAAGGUGUACGAUGGGGGGUCUCCCGGUGCGGAUCGGAUUAUUUUCAAUGGGGAGGAUGAGUUUGCGGGGUUGAUUACGCAUACGGGCGCGGAGGAAUAUGAUGGGUUUGUGGCUUGUGAGGCUGUUUAGG